UUGAUAGUUGAUCUAAAGAAAUUGAGUGGCGGGUUAGGUCCAGUCGAAUAUCGCGGGUUUUUCAGGCUGUAUUUGGGAAUAAGUGAUAUACAAGUACCUGUACUUCUUAAUCAAAACCUGAGAGUGAUAGACUCGAGCAAAGAAAACCUAGAAGUGCAGCUAUAUUGUGCUGGUAGCGUGGGAUGGCAACGGACUGAGUGAAUAUCCGGUGACAUUUUUGGUCCUUUUAGAGGGAAAAUUCAUUGUUAUUCAUUAUUUACUUUUCUAACACUGCAGCUCUUAGAAAGUCUUUUUCAACAAGGUGGAAAAUCAUCACAGCAAACGACUGGUAUUUACUUCGGACUGUUUUAUUAAAAUUUCAUCUGUACCUGCUCUACAAAUCGCGCGGGAUCAUGCCAGUUUCAAACAGUUCGGGAGAAACAUGUAAUGGUUUUGUGUCGUAAAAUCCACCUGGUUUUGUUAACGUUCAAAGACAAUUCUGCACACCAUGGGGAGUGAGCUCUAAGGAAACUUUAUUCUGGUACGACGAUUUUUUUUUGGUCGUGAAGCGAAGUGGCUUGCGAAGUGUAUGGUUGCUGUAGUAGGUUCUGUGCGCUGUUUAUUUUACGGGACAUAAGAUAUAAACUCUGAAUGUGACUUACAAAGCACGGAUCUAUGAGUCAGAGAGACGGAGGGGUCAAUCGACAGCAUAGCUUAGAAACAGGUCUCUCCCAGGCAAUUCGUCCGAUGCUGAUAUGUGCUUCCGAGUCGAGCGUUUCCGUCAGAAGCCAACAGGGUUCAGAUCAGCUCUCUGUGCCGCAGACUUCAGAGUCAAAAAUAGCGAAAAUGAAAAAGAAAAUAAGCUCACCUCUUGUAAAAAGAAGAAACCUGAGUGGCGGUGUGACAGUAAUGACCAACAAAACAUUUGGAGUUUCUAUUGAUGAAUUACUGAGAAGGUCUGAAGGAUGUGAAGUGCCACCCAUCAUCACCAACAUAGUGGAAUACCUUGCAAAACAUGGUAUGAGUCAUGAGGGAAUUUUCCGUAUAAGUGGUAAUCAUAAAGUGGUUGAAUCACUGAAGGCGACAUACGACAAAGAUGGUGAAGCAAACUUGGAACAAAAGGGAGAUGUAAUGGCUGUAGCAGGCUUGCUUAAACUUUUUUUGAGAGAACUACCUGACCCUCCCAUCCCUCAGAGUAUGACAGCGGACUUUAUCAAGAUACAUCAAGCUCACAAAGGCAACAGGGGUGGUUUACCUGAAAUCAAGGCACUGCUUGAGAAGCUUCCAACAUCUAAUUAUCAGUUGCUAAAGUACCUGUGCAACUUUCUUGUGAAGGUAUCCAUGAAUGAAGAAAAUAAUAAAAUGAGUUCAAUGGCUUUGGCUAUAGUAUUUGGACCAAACUUUUUCAGAUGUGGUGAUGGAAUUGAAGGUCUUCGAGAACAGGGACACACCAAUGCAAUUGUUUGCACGUUCAUAGAAGAUUUUGACACCUUAUUUGAGGUGUCUCCUUAUGCUACCACAGACAUAUUCAGAGUUCAGGAAGCCAAGGCAAAUGACUCUCCAACACUGUUGGCAAGAAAGAAACAUCUUCAAAAGGCUGGUAAUGAAAAGAAUGAAAGUUCAGCCAGUGAUGAGGAGUCAUUUCAAAUAACUGGACAGGAAGACAAGGACAAAAUACAGGAAGAUGGCCCUACUUAUGCCACAGUCAAGAAACCAAAGAAAAUGUUACAACCUGUUGCUCACAUUUCGUCACCCACAGAAGACCUGGAUAUGUACAUGAGGUCUGUUUCACCUUCAUGGAAUACUCAUCAAAGUGAUUCAAGCCCCACUCUAGAGUCUCCCAAGCCACCUGCUGGAAAGGAGAUUGUGCAGAAAGCAAUCAAUGAAACUAUCAAAGAGCACUUGUUUGGACCUGACCUGACAUCUACAGAUGAAAACAGCCCACACUCACAGGAAUCUGGUGAUGAAGGUAUGUCUCCCCCCUACAGCUGGCUGUAAUGCAAGAAGUUUGAUGCAUGUUACAAUAU